GGUCCACCCAAACCCAAACAGACCCCCGCCACCACCAAACAAAUUCUGUUGAUGCUAGAACACGACACGAUGUAAACAACCAAGUAAACACCACUCUUUGAGUCCUUUUUGGCUUCGAUGAUGCGACGGCGAUGAUGUCUGCUACAACCUUGGAAACGGCGCUGGCUGUUUUGUUAUCGAAACGGUUUCUAUGCUUGAACAACAAACUGUGGAUUUAGGUACCGAAGAGCCCGGGACGACAUAAGGUGCACUUCAGAAAGUGAUUGUUUGGCAUUAGACGUUCAACCUUUGAUCCGUAGAGACAGAGGUGUUGGUAUUUAGUGAGAGCUGAUUCAGUCCUGGAGGAACGAAGUAACGCGCACCUUAUCGAACACCAUUCCCGUCAUGGUUAGCAAAAAGGACGAGGAGGAAUUUGAGGCCUCCAUGAGCAAGGUGGACGAAGUGAUGAAGAUCCUGAAUUUGAUGACCAGUAACGAUAAGGGCAAGCAGCAAAUGGGAAUCGCGUUUGCUGAUCAAUAUCUGGGAGAAGACAGGAAGGACCUGGAGAAGAUUGACGUCAACAACUUUAUCGUUCGCGUGAACCAGGAGCGAACUGUAAUAAACAGAAGUGGCGAAGAAUCAUUGGAUAAACCGAUGGCAGCCGACAAGUUUGCGUUUAUGGCGGAAGUGGAGCGUGAUGCCGCUAGACGGGCUUCCGAACGGAAGGAACGGGAACAGACGGCACAGGGGUUGCGGCGGGCAGGAAACCGAGCCUUUCGUCGAGGGGAAUACGAAAAGGCAAUCAGCAUGUACACGAAAGCCAUCGACCAGAUCCGAGACAGCCCAAUAUUGUACAAUAACCGAGCGUUGGCGUACAUCAAGAUACAGAUGUGCAAGCGAGCGAUAAUUGAUUGCGACUUCGUAAUUAGCAAGUUGGAUGAAAAGAAUUUGCGCUCUUGGAUAUAUAGGGCACAAGGUUACUACUUGCUGGGGGAGACGAGAGCUUAUGAGAAGAGUAUUUCUGAAGCAAAGAAGAACAAUCCGAAAGAGUUGGACUAUAUCGACCGAAUCGUGCUGGAGAUUGAAGGAAGCGCUGGGCCGGAGGCGGGGACUACCGAGGAAUCUGGAGCAACUGGCGGAGGAGGUGAUAGUAAGGAUCGCACCCUUCCGAUGGAUGAUGUACAAUCAAAUUCUUCUGCUGAAAUUUGAAGUAAUGUUAAUAUUUCAAAAAUGAUUACAAUAAAGCGCUU